AAGAAGCGCGAGGCCAAGGAGGCGCUGGAGGCAGAGGAGGAAAUGCAGAUGACAGUGGAUCAUCAGGAUGUGUUCCAGCUGCCGACCGAAGAGGAAGAGGCCGAGAAAGACAUCACCUUGCAGGACGUGCAGCAGCGCAUCAAAGACAUCACCCUGGUCCUGUCUGACUUUAAGAAAUACCGUCAGGCAGAUCGCUCCCGAAGCGAGUACAUCGAUCGACUGCGCCAGGAUCUUUGCCUGUACUACAGCUACAAUGAUUUCCUAAUGGAGAAGCUCAUGGAUAUGUUCCCCCUGAGCGAGCUCAUGGAAUACUUAGAGUCAUCGGAGGUGGCCCGUCCGCUAACAAUCCGUACGAACACGCUGAAGAUACGCCGUCGGCAGCUGGCAGGCGCUCUAAUAAAUCGUGGCGUCAAUCUGGAUCCCUUGGGCAAGUGGACCAAGGAGGGCUUGGUCAUCUUCAACUCGCAGGUGCCGCUGGGUGCCACUCCGGAGUAUCUGGGCGGUUAUUAUAUGAUUCAAGGCGCCUCCUCGAUGCUGCCAGUGAUGGCGCUUGCCCCGCAGGAGAACGAACGCAUUCUGGACAUGUGCUCCGCUCCAGGUGGCAAGGGCUCCCACAUUGCGGCCGCCAUGAAGAACUCUGGCGUGCUCUUCGCCAACGAUUCCAACAGGGAUCGCAUCAAGGCCGUUGUGGCCAACUUCCAUCGUCUGGGCGUUGUAAAUUCCGUUGUGAGCUGCGAGGAUGGUACCAAGUUCCGUAAAAUAAUGACUGGCUUCGAUCGUGUCCUUCUGGAUGCUCCCUGCACUGGCACUGGUGUCGUGUCGAAGGAUCCCAGUGUGAAGACCACGAAGUCGGAUGUGGAUGUCCAACGCUGCUACAAUCUUCAGCGCAAGCUUCUCCUCACCGCUAUUGACUGUGUGGAUGCGAAAUCGUCGACAGGUGGCAUUAUUGUGUACUCCACCUGCUCUGUGCUGCCCGAGGAGAACGAGUGGGUCAUCGACUAUGCUCUGAAGAAGCGCAACGUCAAGCUGGUACCAACUGGACUCGACUUUGGUGUUGAGGGCUUCACGAAGUUCCGCCAGCAUCGGUUCCAUCCCAGCUUGAACCUGACCAAGCGCUACUAUCCACACACCCACAACAUGGACGGCUUCUAUGUGGCCAAGCUAAAGAAGUUCUCCAACACGAUACCCAUAACCAAGGAGCAGCAGGAGGAGGACGAGAAGCAGCUGGAUGAACCCAUAGAGGGCGAGACCACCACCGAAGCAGCGGCUGAGGGAGCGGCUGAGGAUGCAGAAGAAAAUGAGGAUGAGAAAGCUCCCCGCAAGCUGCUGGGCAAGCGGGCCGGCAAGCCAAGCCUCACAGACAUUGACCAGGAUCUAAAGAAGAAGAAGCUCGAGGCGAACAAGAAGAAAUACGUGGCCAAGGUGUUUGAGAAACCCGUCAAGGUUGCCAAGACACCAAAGUCAGAGCAGCCACAGGAGACGAAUGGUGCACCGAAGUCGCAAAAGAAGAAUAAGCCCCAGGCGACGAACGGUGCACCGAAGACCGAAAAGAAGGCGAAGCCCCAGUUCAAGCCAGAGCAGGCCAAUGGCAAGGGAAAACCAACGAAACCGGAAGCCGGCAAGAAGUUCCCGUCUCAGCCAAAUGUAAAGGCGUCUCCUGGAAAGUCAGCUGCACCCAAGCCCGAAGCGAAAAAGUUCCAGCCAAAGGACAAGAAGGGCGAAGCCAAACAGCAGGCAGCUAAGCCAGCUGCAAACGCCAAAGCCAACGCCACACUGGCCAAGGCUCCGCGCAUCGAUGCCGACGAUGUGCCCGUGCUGGAGGGCAAACCCAUCAAAAGGCAGAACAACCUGAAGCAGAAGUCCAAGCAGAUCGGGCAGCUGAAGAAGUCAAAGACGGGAGCAAAUCCAAAUCCGAAAGGAGGCAAGAAGCAAAAGUUUAAGAAGUGAACACGUCAACAAAGUUCCAAGUCGGUUAAGUAGUUGCUUAAGUGUAAGCCUGAUGCCCGGUCAAAUGCUUGGGGGUAGUGCCUAAAACGAUUAUCUGUUUUAUACUGAAAACUGUUUCUAUGUCUUAGCUGCGGAUUGAAGCUAAGACGUUGCUUGUAAUUAACGAACAUAAUAAAUAAACGUAAAGCUCGGAUUAAUGUAA